UACGCAUUUGAUUGGUUAGGGGCCACGUGUUUAGUAUUUGUUGAUAUUAUAAUGUAUAAAAUAGCGCUUUUGCAAAUUGUUUAGAAUUAGAAGAUAAUCAAAGCGAAUAAAUUUUAUCGUAUCUGCUCAUAAAAAAAAUGACAUAAAACAGGUUGUUCUCGAAAGUUACUUCAUAAAGCUGCGACUGCUGAAAAGUGUGAUUUUCUGAAUGGUCCACAGAUUAUUUUGAUAUAAUUUCCUUCUAACAAAUUUUCCUGACAGAGGACUUUUUUAUCUAGUGAAAAUGUUUCCUAAUGUGAUAUCGCCCUCGCAACUGUAUCAGACUUACUUGCGCUCGGCAGCGAACUUGGACUGUACACAGGGGCUGGGUCAACCCGGACCCUCGCCCUCGUUCCUUGUGGAGAAUUUACUGAGGGAGAGGAACCAUUCAUUGUUGUCCCGACAGUUCCCCCUCGGAAGACCAGUCUUACCACCUCAGCCAAAGUCCCCGGGGGAAGGGACACGACAGAAUCCGUCAAACUCCCCCUUCCUCAAAUUCGGAGUAAAUGCAAUUCUUGGAUCUUCUGAAGAAGACGAUGCACAAAAACAAGUGGAGGAACCGUGCACCUCUACCCUCACCACUCCUCCCUCGUCGCUCCCGGGACUCCCGGCCUCCUACCUGAAGGCCUGUGGGACAGGGCUAGGACAAGGAUUGCCGCACCCUACUGCAUUCCUCCCGCGGCAUCCGUUCUACGACCCGCACCUGUCGGGAAUGCUACGACACCCGUACUUCACAAAUUCCCCCUUACUUCCGGUUCCAAAUGCGUUCACCUUCCUAAGCAGCAUGCGGGGGAAGCCCCGGAGAGGAAUGCUGAGACGGGCCGUGUUCUCAGACAUGCAGAGAAAGGGUCUGGAGAAAAUGUUCCAGAAACAAAAGUACAUCAGUAAACCAGACAGGAAGAAAUUAGCGGCAAAACUGGGCUUGAAAGAUUCACAGGUGAAGAUAUGGUUUCAGAACAGGAGAAUGAAGUGGCGAAAUUCAAAAGAAAGGGAGUUGCUUUCGGGAGGGGGGUCACGUGACGCGACAUUGCCCAGCAAAUCAAAUCAGUGCGAGGACGAGGACGAGACUAUCAGUAAACAAAGACAUGAAGCUAUCAACCUGUCCGAGUGUACACAGACUAAGCCAAUGGACGAUAAUCUCAGUCCUUGUAAAUCUAAUUCCGUGCACCAUUUACACGAUCUUCCAGAAGUUGAAUCUGAUAACGAACAUGUAAUGGAUGAUGCAGAAACAACCAGCUCCGACAGCGAGGAUGAAAUUGACGUUUCAUGAUAGCGAUGUCACUAAUUAUUUUUUUUUUGUACAUAUAUUUCACGUGCAGUUGCUUUUUAUUUACAAAUAUUUAUACGCAAAUGAACUGCAAUAUUAUUAUAAGACACAGUGACAAUUCCUUUUGCUCUUACUAUCUUUGUUUUAGCUGUAAAAAUCAAAUUUAUUAUAAUUCUUUUGAUUGUUCUUACACUAAAUGAAAUACAUGUAAUAAGAAAUUAAAAAUUAAAGCGAAUGAACAAAGUUUGUAUUGUAAAAUGUGUGCUAAGAUUUUAUCGCAUUAAGACUUUAAUUUGUAUCUUUUGAAAACAGAGAAUUUAAGGAUAACUAACAAAUUAGAUUAUAUUUUGAAUUUGUACUUAUCACUCUCAAUAGAAAUAGAAACUCAAUAUCUUACCAAUUAUUUAUUUAUACGUUUUUGUAUCUAUAUGGGUGAUUGCUAAGAACAGUUAAUAUUUAAGAAGGAAAAUUCUCAAAUAAAGUAUCAUUUAAAGUUUA